GAGUAAAUAAUACCUGCCAUUAUGAAGAACAAUAAACACCAAACACGAUGCGUAGAGGAUGGUAAGAUGAGUGGAACCAAGGGGACAGGGAGGGUGGUAGGAAAGUCCCAAGAGGAAACUCAAGGAGCGGAAGCCAGCGUGCUGGCUGGAAGGUCACGCGGCACAAGACCAGGGCCGCUGUCCUCGAAGAUGGGAAGGGAUGUUCCGCUUCCGGAAUCGGAUGGCUCCGACACGGAACAUAUGGUCGAGGUGGUGGAGGACGGAGACACCGCGGACAGCGACGAGACGACGUCGACCUCCUCAGUGGACCAAGUGACCGGGAAACGGAAGAGAAGGGGAAGGCCACCGACAACCUACGCCGGUAUAAAGAAGAGGAGGAGGGACCAGUGCCGCCGAGAGCUCCAAAAGCUAAAAGCGGAGAAGAGGGCCCUGACGGAGGUGCUGGACCCCAGGGUCGAACCAAAGAGCACGACUCCGGAAAGGGACAUCGUCCGCCGAAUGGAGGUCCUCGACGGGGGGCAGAUCGCGGCGGAGAUGAUUGAGAGCGUGGACGUGGUGACGAAGGUCUACGAGAGGUCAAAAAACCUCAAAGGGACAUACGUCAAGGAGCUGAAGAACUCGGCGAAGAUCCUACGAGCAGCCGCCACGGUAGUUGCCACGAAGACGGCGGGCAGCGGCGAUGGGGCAGCAGAGGCGGAAAUCAGGAGGCUUAAGGAGAAAGUGAGCAGCCUGGAGCAGCUAGGGAGAAUUACCCUGCUGCUGCAGGAGGAGAGAGAGGCGAGAGCGCGAGCGGAAGGUGCGGUGCAUGAGGUGGAGAUAGCGGAGACGCCAGUGAUCCACGCCCCCACAGCCCAAACUCGUAGCCCCACAAAAAGCGUGGAAGAGGAGAAGCGGACGCGCUCCAAGACGGCUGCUGCAAAGGCGGACAAGAAGAAGAGGAAGACGGUGUCGGCCCGGGUGGAGGAGGCCCUGGUGUACCGGCCGGAAGUCAGGGGAGAGAGGAAAAGGAUGGAAGACCCCCCGAUGGAGACGGCCAUGGAAGACGUCAGGAAAGUCUUCGAGGGGGUCUCCAUCAAAGAGGUGGUUAACGGAGGCCCGCAGGAGACGAGGGAGAAAUUGGAGAACCUCGUCAUUAGGUGUCAGGGCGCGCUGGCCCGGAUCCCGCGAGAACAAGAGCAGAGGAGCGGAGAUCAGGCUGGAGGAGGGCCAAGGAUCACCAAGGUGGUGGCCGUUAAGGACAGAGUUAGGAUCCAAGCCAAGGAGACGGCGGCACAAAUCUGUGCGAAGGAGAGAGCGCCCAAAAAACAGACCCCCUCCGCAACACCGACCAACUCGUGGGUGGAGGUGGUGAAGAGGGGGGGCAAGAGGAAGCCGGGAGCGAGGCCAGCGAACACGGAGGCUUCGUCAAAUGCCAGCAGAGGAGAGGAGAAACUGCGCUACGCGGACGUUGCGAGGGCCAAGCAGCCGAGCAGUCAACCUGCUAAGGCUGGAAAGGCAAGCCUGCAAAUCCCGGCUGGAGAAGGAGGUAAGCCGGAGGCCAAGAGAAUACAGAAGGCUGUGGAGGAGACCAGGGUAAGCACCGCCCAGGGGGCCAAGGCAACGAAGAAGAGAAGGAGGGCCCCAAGAUCAGAGGCGGUGUCCAUCACGUUCCCUGCGGGCGAGGGAGCUCAGGGCAUGAGGGAGAUCAGGGCCAAGAUCAAUUUGGAGACGCUUGGCAUUGGUCCCCUAAAGCAGAGGAGAGGAUUAACCGGGGCCCUGAUCUUCGAGGUGUCAGGGCCUGAGAGUGCGAAGAAGGCCGAUGCCCUGGCCAAUGAAAUGCGCGGGGCAGUGGCCGGCAAGGAGGGGGUGCGGAUCUCUCGACCGAAAAAGAUGGCGGAGAUCCGCAUCAAAGACGUGGACGAGUCCAUUACUAAAGACGAACUCGUUCAUAACGGUCGGGAAGCGCAUCAGGGUCGGGUGGGUGUCACUAAGAGUGGAUCUGCUCGACGCCCGCCCACUGGUGUGCUUCCGGUGCCUAGAGAGGGGGCACGUGCAGGGGCAAUGUCGCAACCCAGUAAAUCGGAGCACCAUGUGCUACAGAUGCGGAGGGGAGGGCCACAAGGCACAGACCUGCACGGCGGAGGUCAAGUGUCCGGUCUGCAGUGCCCGGGGCCUCCCUGCGCAACACAAGGCGGGAGGAGCAGCCUGUCCCCUGCCGACUAAGAAGACGGCGAAGAAAGGCAGGCGGACGGAGACCGUGGAACCGAGGGAAGGAAGACAGGCGGUCAAGGAGGCGACCAAAGG